GAUCGACGGCUACGCGCGAGCGGCGUCUGUUGCUACAGCAACCAGGUGCCAUCCUCGUCCAUCCUCAUUUUAGUUUAUCUUCGGAUUUCUCACGCCACCUGGAUUCAAACAUGGAUUCAAACCUGGUGGAAAUACUUAAAGGAGAAAAGUGCCUUUCCCCAAAUGACUGUGAGUUUAACUUUUCCCUGUCUGGAGACCCUGAGCCCCGGAAUAUGACCCCCAGCCCUGGAUGGACCCCAGAGCCCGAGCCCCUGUCCCCCCUCAGUCCGGCUAUCACAGCCGUCUACUCAGUGGUGUUUGUGGUGGGACUGGUGGGAAACUGUCUCGUCAUGUUCGUCAUUAUCAGAUACACCAAAAUGAAGACUGCGACCAACAUCUACAUCUUCAACCUGGCAUUAGCUGACGCUCUGGUUACCACCACAAUGCCAUUCCAAAGCACAGACUACCUGUUGAACUCCUGGCCGUUUGGUGAAAUCGUAUGCAAAGUCUUCAUCUCCAUCGACUAUUACAACAUGUUUACCAGCAUUUUCACGUUAACCAUGAUGAGUGUGGAUCGUUAUGUGGCCGUGUGCCAUCCUGUCAAGGCACUGGACUUCCGUACACCACUCAUGGCUAAAUGCAUCAAUGUGGGCAUCUGGGUACUGUCUUCAGCUGCAGGAGUGCCAGCCAUGGUGCUAGGGGGCACACAGACCAAUAAUGGCACCACAGAAUGUGCCCUGCAAUUUCCUGACCCGUACGAGUACUGGGACACCUUGAUGAAAAUCUGCGUCUUUGUCUUUGCCUUCGUCGUCCCCGUCCUCAUCAUCAGUGUCUGUUACUCCCUCAUGCUGCUGCGGCUCCGCAGUGUCCGCUUACUCUCCGGUUCUCGUGAAAAAGACCGCAACCUUCGCCGUAUCACCCGCUUGGUCUUGGUGGUUGUGGCAGCUUUCAUCAUCUGCUGGACCCCCAUUCAUAUCUUCAUUCUGCUCAAAGCCAUAGUGGCCAUUCCUGAGACCACACCAGUGAUGGCUGCAUACUUUCUGUGCGUUGCUCUUGGAUACACCAACAGCAGCCUCAACCCUAUACUCUAUGCCUUUCUGGAUGAGAAUUUUAAGCGAUGCUUUAAGGACUUCUGUCUGCCAGCAAGGGGAAAAGCAGAUAGAGGGCUGGGAGGUAGCAGAGGAGGAAGAAUUGCAGGCAGACAGCUCCCUCAGGCUGAAGAGAGCCCCCCGAGGACUGCAAAACCAGCAUGACUAGGUGUGGAACUGUCCUCCAUCACGCAGACAGGAAAGGAGGACUCAAACACACUUGGCCUGACACAGGUGUCAUCAACCCUCUGAUCAUGAAGACUACUGCCGAUAUUGGA